UAUUAAGAAGAAGAAGAAGACCGCGACGACUCCUCCGAGUCCGAACGGGUUCUUUCCGCUUUUCGAACAAUGAUAUCUUCCUGAAACCGCUAGCUGGAAAACUGUUAUGCAGAUAUGAACAGAAUAGGUUGUGUUUAGUACUGGUUUGAUGAAUAAGGCAAUUUUCUAACAAUGCGAGCUUUUCCAAAGCUGUGAAACGACCUAACCAAACAGAACACUGGGGAAAAUUUUCUGAAACCUCUCACAUCCAACUGUUAGCCUGUUUCGAUCUCUAUAAAGAUGCCUGAGGUUCGGGACCUUUCUGAAGCUUUGCCAGAGAUGCCAAUGGACCCAAUCACUGGAGUCGGAGUAGUAGCCUCUAGGAAUAGAGCACCCACUGGAUAUGAUGUGAUCUCAACAACAACAGAUGGCCUGGAUGCUGACCUGUGGAAAGACGGACUUUUCAAAUCCAAGGUGACCCGAUACCUUUGCUUCACCAGAGUUUUCUCUAAAGAAAAUAGCCAUUUAGGUAAUGUUCUUGUGGACAUGAAGCUGAUUGAUAUAAAGGACACUUUGCCUGUGGGCUUCAUCCCAAUCCAGGAAACUGUUGAUACUCAGGAGCAGGCCUUCAGGAAGAGGCGACUCUGCAUCAAAUUUAUUCCACGGGACUCCACAGAGGCAGCCAUCUGUGAUAUCCGCAUCCUGGGACGCUCCAAGCAGGCACCUCCUCAGUAUACCUUUAUAGGAGAGCUCAACAACAUGGGAAUCUGGUAUCGCAUGGGAAAUGUGCCUCGGGCCCAGGACUCCACACACACACAAACCAUCAACAACACCCAGAAUGUGAAUUCCUCCAGCUCAGGAUCAGCCCCACCAGCUCCCAUGCCUAAGCAUAUUUCCAUGACCCUCCCUGCCAGCUUCAGAGGAAAAAAUACUACCAGACCAGACUAUGAGCACCAGAACUCCAACUUGUAUGCUAUUACAGCAAUGGACGGGGUGCCUUUUAUGAUCUCUGAGAAGUUUGCCUGUGCCUCAUCUGAUCUGCAGCAGGUGGAUCUGAUGGGUAUUACAAUUAAAUCACUGGCUGAGAUUGAAAAGGAGUAUGAUUACAGUUUCCGCACAGAGCAUAGUGCAGCGGCUCGCCUCCCUCCAAGUCCAACACGGACCUCUCUGAGUUCUGAGGCCUAAGCAUCUCUUAUAUGCACAACAGUCAUCUCCACACUAUAGACAGCAGCCGGAGAGAAGUGCACACAACUACUGAGAACAUACCUACAACGGGGAUAUUCAGUCUGUAAAUGAAAAGAAAAAUUCCCAACAAAAAUUGUGGAUUUUCUAACUUCUGGGACAUGUUGUAGGCCCUCUGUGUGCUGUUGAAAUGAAAAGGAAAUGGAAAACAAUGGAAUUCAGUCAGACUCGAACUACUACACAGCAGAGCUGGGACAAGAAAACACAUUUUAUGCUCAUCGAGAUACUUCAGUAUCUCACUCAAAUGACUUCAAAAAUACAUUUUUGUUAAGUGAAAAAUGGUCAAGUGUCGUAUUGUGGUGGAAAAAAAAUAACCCUGUCCCAUCAAAAGAUCUUGUUAGAAAUGAGAUAAAAGGAUCACACGGUACUUUUUUCAUGGAGGACUUCUGUUGGAUCUCACACCAGUCAUGUUGCCUUUUUUGUUUAUAACAUGCUCUGUUCUGAAUCAAAGCGCACCAUAAAGGCACCUUAGUGUGUCAGAAAUUUAAAAGAAAACUGUGACUUUAAGUUUUGUUGUUGAGCUUGUCUUCUUGAUGGGGAAAUGCUUCUCAUUGUUUUCUAGAUGUAUUGCCAUUUACUGGUGUGACUGUGAGUGCACUUUUGUGUUUGAGGUUGUUAUUGUGCUUCCUGAUUGCUGUAGAUAUUCUGUAAACCACUUCUCUUUCUGUGAGGUAGCAGCUUGCCCGACAGAACCAUGACUACAGCUAAUAUUCACUGUGCGGAGUAUUCGCAUCAAGAUUUUCUAUUUAUACCAUACUCUAAUACCUUACUUUGCAUGCAUAUAGAUGUUUUAUUGAUACAUCUUUUCACUGAAUGAGUAACAUUGAGCAAACCUCACACAUUUUAGCUAAAAAGCACUGAUAGUUAGUCCUUAUAUCUUAAUAAUAUCAGCUAUAUUCAUUGUUUUCUUCAUCUUCAUUGGUGUUAUAUCAGAAAUGGAUGCUCCAGUAAAAGUAUAAUAUCGCAAAGAGUUUUAUUUUAGUACACUGGUUAUGGAACGUGUGUACAGGCUUUUACACUCCUGGUCAAAAGUUUUAGAGCACCCCAAUUUUUCCCAUUUUUGUUGAAAAUUAUGCAGUUUAAUGUCUCAUUGCACUCUGAAAUGAAAGCCUAGUACAAAUAAGGACUUUA